AUGUUUGUGUGCAUCCGCCUACAAAACUCAGCAAUAGCAUUGAGCAUUAUCCAGGUUAUCUUACAAUCCGGGCUCAGGAAGAGCAAGACUGGUUCACCCGUACGUACCAAAUUUGCACAUCGUCAUCAAAACUCAAUUGAUGGAGUCAGUGUGAACUCCUUCACCUCUGUCAGCCAAGACAGCAUCAGCAUUGCAAGCUCGGAAGCAGAGAGAGUGAUCACCUCUGAAAUCAUCAGAGAGAAACUCGAAAAAAAGUUUGAAGCUCAGCGCAAUGAAAGUCAAGAGACUGAGAGAAAAAAUACACUUGCCAGUGAGGAAGAUGCUCGGAUUUUGAAACAGAAUCUGGAAUUGAAUAAUGUAAAAAGACCUUCAAAUGAAAAGUUGCCAGUCGGGCAAAACGUUAAUAUGCUAACAGGUAAAAAUACAAACUCCAGUGGGAGAGACCAUGGAUCUGACAGUUCAAGUACAUUAGAAGGUACUGACAUGUUAGAUGGAGGUUCAGGACAGAAACCUGUAAAUACUGAAUUACCAGUACCAGACACACUGCCAAUCAGUGUUGACAAUGUUUGUACUCCAUCAGAUAGUGAUACAAUGUCUCCAGGUUAUAGUGUUGUACGGGAAGAUGGGAAACUGUCAGUUGAACACCAGCCAUUGCUGGGUGCAGAAAGUGAUGAUCCAGGAGCUAAAAGUGAUGAUGGACAUGCUAGCCCAUUCAAAGAAACUGCAAACAUAGUUGGAGAUGAUGCUCAUAAUAUGGUUGCUGUGGAAACCAAUAGUGCCAAUGAAAAGGAAGAUGAGACAUGUUCACAGCAAAAUGGUCAUGAUCCUAGUUUAGAUAAUGAAGCUCCUAGUGAAUUAGUGUGCAAUGGUAAUGGCGUAGUGAGAAGAAAAAAGACUAGGAAUGGUAAGCGUAGAUCUCCUCCAAAGAGUGAUGUGAGUACAUCUUCAGAGAGUGAAUCCAUGACUGUAGAAGAUCAGUUAUCUGAACUCUUACAGAAAGCUGGAAUUGAGCAUGGUGAUGAGAAACCAAUUAAUGCUGAGGAUACCCAGGAAGCAGAAAAACUUGAACGGCCAACUGAACUUAACGUUAACCAGAAAAGGAGAAUAAUUCACACUGCCUCUGGUGAUUUUCCUGAAGAAAGCCCUAGCUCUGAUUCAGCGAAUGCAAGCCCAUUCCCAUCACCGUACAAGUCACUACUUUACGGCACUAAUUCUGAAAAGACUGUGUUGCAUGUUGACCCUUCAUUGAAUGUGAGUGGACAUUCAGAUGCUUCUAGUUCAACUACACCAACAACCUCAAACCGAGAUCCGUUAUCUCUGCCGAGUACACCCACAGAGUCGAGUACACCAUCCACACCUUCGCCAAGUGAGCCACCUUCCCCUGCACUUCCUGGUGAUCUACAUAAAUCCAUCCUGCAUGGCAAUCCGGAAUCAUUUGCAAUGACACAUAACUUAACGUUUCCGGAAAACUCGGUGACAUAUUCGUCACCGAGUAAGAAGAAACCCAGUCCGCGUGACCAGCUUUUGGGUGUAUUUUCGGUGGAUUUAGGGGAAAUGAGAUCUCUGAGGUUGUUUUUCAGCGACGAUGCAUGCACAUGUGGUCAGUUAGUUAUCGCUAGCCGAGAAAGUCAAUACAAAAUUCUCCAUUUUCAUCAUGGUGGGCUGGACAAGCUUGCUGAAGUCUUUGAAGACUGGAGAGUCUGUGUACAACAGAGAAAUAAGACUAAUUUGGAGAAUGAAGCAAAUCAGUUGUGUCGUAAGUUUUCAAUAUGCCGACCUCAUUUGCCAUCAAUUGAAUGUCACCCAGAAGAAGGUAUGUUUGAGAUGGUGUCUGAUGAUGUAUGGUGGUCGUAUGUCAGUGAUCAUGGUCGGAUAGAAGAUGACUUUGGUCUCAGAAAGGCUAUUUUCCUAGGAGGACUUGAUGAAUAUUUAAGACGGGAUGUAUGGCCGUUCCUAUUAGGAUAUUUUAAAUAUGAUUCCACAUUAGAAGAUAGAAAUGCCAUGAGAGGGAAAAAACGAGAAGAAUAUUACGCCAUACAGGAUAAAAGAGAGCUGAUGUCAGGUGACGAGUAUGAACAGUUCUGGAGAAAUGUACAAUGUACUGUAGAAAAAGAUGUUGUACGCACUGAUAGAAGUCAUCCAUACUUUAGAGGAGAAAAUAAUCCAAACUUAGAUGUCAUGAGGAAUAUUCUACUAAAUUACGCUAUUUACAAUCCGGGCAUGGGUUAUAGCCAAGGUAUGUCCGAUCUACUAGCCCCUGUAUUAGCAGAGAUACAAGACGAGUCAGACUCAUUCUGGUGUUUUGUUGGUCUAAUGCAGAACACCAUCUUUGUCAGUUCACCAACUGACGACGAUAUGGAAAAUCAGCUGGCGUAUUUACGAGCAUUGAUUGAAUUGAUGUAUCCAGAGUUCUGGGCCCAUCUAAUGGAACUAGGAGAUGCUAUGGAACUUCUAUUCUGCCACAGAUGGAUUUUGUUGUGCUUCAAACGUGAAUUUCCAGAAAGUGAUGCAUUACGAAUGUGGGAAGCAUGCUGGGCUCAUUAUCAGACUGACUAUUUUCAUUUAUUUAUCUGUGUCGCAAUUAUUUCUGUCUAUGGUGUUGAUGUUGUAGAGCAGAAACUGCCAUCAGAUGAGAUGCUGCUACAUUUUAGCAGUUUAGCCAUGCAUAUGAGUGGUGAUAUGGUACUCAAAAAGGCAAGGGGAUUACUGCAUCAAUUCCGAUUACUGCCGAGGAUACCCUGCUCACUGCAUGGACUUUGCGUGAGGUGCGGUGUUGGCAUGUGGGACAGUGGACAUACACCAGAGAUCUACUGUGUUGGAAACCAUGAAGACGUGUUUAAGUGUCCACAUAGUUUUAGUGAUGAAGACUUGUCCGACUCUGCUAAAAAAUCACCUUCCCCAAAAACUUCUUUACAGUUGUCUUUUGGUUUUACUAAAGAAUGUCCACCAUAG